CUAUUGCGCCUAUAAUCAAUACACAGGCUCUAGUCAAAAUCUAACUUUUGGACACCCAGUAUUUCCAAAAAACCAAAUUCGUCGAGUUCCCGGUAGUAUAUCAGUCGACCCCCUUUUUUCAGCAACCAGAUGGCCGGCUUCGUUUUCGGCGGUAUCGCGGCCUGUCGCCGAACCACCCACUGCCUCGGUCUGCUGCGCUCCUCCUACCGACCCCUCUGCCUAUAUCCGUCCUUGGCGCCACUGCACCAACGACGCCGGCGGCACAGCAGCUCCUCGCGAUCCGGAGGUUCCGGCGAGAAGAAGAGCCCGUAUGAGGUGAAGGAUCAAACCAAAGAGCCAGGCCACAGUGCUGGUGGAUUGGAGACGACAGCAGCGCCUCCUGAUCGUCCCAAGGCUCCUGGAGAGCAAAGACCCGAGUCGCCCAACGAGGUCCGGCCAAAGGUACUGCCCAUCCAGGAUCAGCCACAUCGCUCACAGCCCUCGCCUGCGGAGGUCAAGCCCCCAAACCCACACACUAUUGUCUGCAGCUCAGACAACCAAGAUUUAUCGGGAUCUCCGGACAAUGUUUUUGGGAAAAAUGAGAGCUUUGAAGACAAGGUGGUUGAGUUAGGGUCUCCCGUUAAGAUAACAGAAACUAAAGACUUCGAAACAAAAUCUGAGUCUCAGAUUUUUCCAACAUCUACCGUAAUUGAUCUUAUAGAAAGCCCCAAGUAUCACUCGUUAUCAGCCGCUGAAUCAAAAGAUGAUCCCAAAUUUGAAAAUUUAUUGGCAAUUGAAUCUGAGCUCAAGUCCCCAACAGCAUCCAUAUCUGAAUUUAUUGAACAGCCUAAUCAACAAACCUUUUCUCCAAUUAAAGCAGAGCUCAGUUCCAUGGACUCGAACACAACUAAUCAAAAUUCUCAAGGUGUAACGAGGUCUCCAGAGUUGCUGUCUCAGCGAAGCUCCUUUGGAACUCCAUUUGAGAUAAAGUCUAAGGACUCGAACCCUUCUAAAUCAAAAGAUAGGACCCAGUCGAAAGAAUCUCAGCCUUCAACCGAGUCAAACGCGAGACCGGCUUCUAAGUCUUCUGGUUUAGGUAGGAGCCUUGAUCUUAAAGUUAUCCCCAGUCCAUUGAACAAACUUCAAACAGAGAAGGCAAAUACUCAGCCUGAAAGUCUAAAAAGAAGUUCUGAGUCUAAAAACAGUAUCACAAGAACUUGUAAAGGAGUUACGAGCUCCACUUUUAAUAUGCCUGGGGAAAACAAGAUUUCUGGGAUCAAAGUCGAUUUAGAAACACUUAAAGACAGAAGUGAAGAAUUUGGCCAGCUGUUAGAUAAAGUGCAAGAAAAGAGAUUCGAAAAAGUCGACGCUGUCAAGGAAGAGCAAGCUAAUAGGGAUGUCAUCCAGAAAUGGGUGGAGCAUUUUAAGUUGGCAGGCAAAAAGGCCGCAUCUGCCAACGAAACCAAAACAUCAGGGGCUAUUUCGGCACCCUCCGAAAGUAAUAAAGAAAAGAAGGUUUAUUUCAUAGAAACGCUGGUAAAGGAAAAUAACAUAUGGGUACCUAAGAACUCAAGGUCUUCCAAUACCAUUUCACAGCCCUCUAGCAAAAAUAUUACCACAAUAGAGCCAAGCACAAACUCCAAAUUAGCAUUGCCAUUAAAAAUCGUCCCCGAGAAUGAAGCUCCAACUGCGUUUAAGAAAACCGUCAAUCCAGUACCUUCAUUCGAAAUUAAGUCUAAUAAGAAUACUCAGUUUGAUGUCACCAGUAAAGCAACGAAGCCCACUGAAUUUAUUCAAGGAGUACUAAACGCAAAGAGUAAUAAAAUUAGUGUCAUUGAUCACGAAAAACCUAAAGGUCAGUCCACAGAGGAAAUAGUCGCAAUGUUUAAGGAAGACAAUGAUAGUGACCAGGCUAAAAUUGAGGAAGGCAAAGUCAGAGAAUUGUUCAACACACUAGAAAGAUUUAAUGAUGGGCCGGGUUCUUGCAGGACUCUGUCAAAACUCUUUUCACCCACUAAGAAUAAUCAAUCGGAUGUUUUGGCUAUGCUUUCAUCGAGGUCCGAUAAAAAAGGAGGAGGUACCAUAAAUGAAAAAGGACAGCUCGAUAGCACUGACUCUGGCAACAAAACCGAAGAUACCUUUACAAAACUUGGCGACUUAGACUCGACGAUCCGAGAAGAGGAAUAUGUUGAUGCUCAGAGAAAGAAAGACAAGCACAACGAAGAUUAUUUCGCAAAACUUAGUAACUUAGAUUCGACUAUUCGAGAGGAAAGCAGUGACAAUAAGCAGGGCGAGUCAAAAGAAAGCGAAAACAAGGAUGAGAAGAAUGUUGAACAAAGAAAAUUUGAUCUAGCACAGAAGGUUUCGUCUUUCAUGAAGUCUGCCCAAAAACCACAAAGAUUUGAAAAAAUGGAUUCAAAGACCAAAAGCAAUGUGGAAACGACAUCUGAGCUAACGCCCAGCGAUCUGUACGACCCAAUAGCCCCGGAGGUUUCCUCCCCAGCUCCUGUGGAAUCGGGCAAAGCCGAUCUUGAAGAUAUCGAGGAGCCCAGUCCUAGCCUAGAGGCUCCAGAGGUCAAGCCCAAGAAGGAGGAAGCCAAAGUCAAGGCACCCACGGCAGCGGAUGAAAACAAAGUCAAGGCACCCACGGCAAUGGAUGAAACCAAAACUAAGGUCGACGAAAAACCUCCACUGGAACAAAGUCAGUCGAAAAAAGAAAAGCCGCAGCUGGAUGAUGGGGAACUGGCGCUUAAGUUGCUGGACAAAGCUACAGGGGAGAUACCAGCGACGGCACAACCGACGCCAAAACCGCAAGCCGAGAAGAGCCUCUUUCAACACCUCUUCGACAAGAUCUUGGGCAGGGGCAAAAGCAACGAGGGCAAGCGCCACAUGUCCUCCUACACAGGUCGACGUCACCUGAGCACCAGUUCCAUGGUUACAUCUCCCAUGCAGACUUGUCACAACAAAACCAUAGUUCUAAGGAAAAACAUUGGAGCUAGGACAUUCGUCAGUCGGGAAUCGGCCAACAAAAUACUAAGCGAAGUUCAUGAAGGUAAACUGGAUCCACAGGAAGAAUCCCCUGUAGUCAUUCGCCUGCAACAACCCCUGCUGCAACCCCCGACACUUGAACUUUUUGCCAAGAAUGAUGACACUGAGAUUAAAGGAGGCUCGCCCGAAUGCUCUUCACCCAAAAAGUCGCCGCGAGAGCUUCUGCGGGAAAAGCAACAGACCAGGAAGAUCAAGAUCCUGGGCGGAUCCGAGGAGUGUGCCAAGAAGAUGAAACGACUCAAGGAGCUCACGAAGGAAAAGGACGACGACGACGACUGCGGCAGUCGUCACUUUUCCAGCAGCGUAUCGCGCUUUUGCCGCCAUCUCUGGUUUUCUAUUAUUCCAGAGGCGGCAAACAACUCGAACAAAGUCAAAUAAUCUGCCAAUCUUGCCGAUAUGAGCACGGAGAUGUCGAUACGAUAACUGGAUACCAGGUUUGACUGAAUCUUGAGACCACAUAAAAGGGGGUCGAUCUGAUGACUUUCUGGAAUUUAACAUAGUACUGGAUCUGGUCAGAUCAAUGCGGAGCUACUAAUAAUAUAGAAACAUCCUCCAAUAAUGGAUUUAGAACUUGGUUAACUAAUAUAAUUUAAUGGCAAUAAAAUUACUUAUUGAAC